CCAUCUCCUAAUAACGAAGGUAGGUAUUAUUCAGCGCUAAACCCCCGGUCACACUGCUCCCACGGAAGUCUGUAAAUGUAAAUAGACGGAACUUGCUGCAGAGACAGCUAAAAACUCAAAGAAUUAUAUUUCCUGGACAGCAGGAGCAAGCAGAAGAAAGAAAGCCAGCCGCUGGUCAAUUAAAUGCGCAUCAAAAUGAACUGUGAAGUGCAGGAGCAGCAAAAACAUCAGCUACAGCAGCAACAGCAACAACAACACCAGCAGCAACAGCAACAACAUUUCAACAGCAGCAACAAGUUGCCAGUGAGAAAGCAGGAGAGCUGCUCCGACGACGACGAGAAUCUGAGUCGGACGACGGAGCGCCAGAAUCUAGAGUUUGCCAAGAAGCUAGGCUACAGCGAACAGUCCAUUCACUCGGCGUUGACGCGCCUGGGCUCGGAGGCUAAGCAGAAUGAGCUGCUGGCGGAGCUAAUCAAACUGACGGCUGAUGCCCCACGACCCGCCCACAUCGGUAGUGGUACUAAUCCAUCUACCCUCUCCUCCCCUGUUGGCAACAACAUCUCUGGACUGCGGCACAUUGUCAUCGAUGGCAGUAAUGUUGCUCUAUCCCACGGCAACAACCUGAUAUUUUCCUGCCGCGGCAUUCGCAUCUGUGUCGACUGGUUCCGGCAGCGUGGACAUCGUGAAAUUACCGCUUUUGUUCCUAACUGGCGCAAGGAGCUGGCCAACAACAACAUUGCCGACCAGGAAGUACUCUACGAACUGGAGCAUGAAAGGUUCUUAGUGUUUACUCCAUCGCGACAUCUAGACGGCAAGCGUGUCUCCUGUUACGAUGAUCGAUUCAUACUCAAGUUGGCAGUGGAAACCGAUGGCAUUGUGGUCUCUAACGACAAUUACAGGGAUCUGAUCCUGGAGAGUAACGAGUUCAGGCGCGUGGUUCAGGAACGCCUACUGAUGUACUCAUUUGUCAAUGACAUUUUCAUGCCACCUGAUGAUCCACUUGGCAGAUCGGGUCCGAAUUUGGAUCUAUUCCUGUGCUCACAAACACAACAGAAGAUGGCGGAUGCGCAACAGUUGUGUCCUUAUGGCAAGAAAUGCACCUACGGUCAAAAAUGCAAGUUUCGACAUUAUCCGGGUCCACUGCUACAGCGACUGCCACUUCAGGCCUCCCAUAGUGCUCCUCUGCACACGAAUGGUAGUCAGCAAAUAAUCAGUCCGGGUGGCAAUAAUAACAAUGUUAAGAUGAACUCCCUGAUUAGCCGGGAGCCAUUGGGACGCACAAAGUCCAAUACUCUGGAGCAAGUGUGCCAGGGUUUCUCAGCACAAAUGGAGCUUACUGAGGGCUCUAUGGAAUCCAGCCAGCCAAAUCGCCACAAGAAGCUGCAGCGGCAACAGCCGCCGCCCGCCUAUCGUCUCCUGGUGCCCACCUACAGCGCUCCUCUUCAGCAACAACAUCAGCAGCAGCCGGUGCAACAGCAGCAUCAACAGUCUAAUUCCAGCUCCAACUAUAACCACCAGUAUCUGACGCGCACGCCAUCCGCCCCGGUCACAGAUCAAGGACUGGGUCUGCCACUGCCUGCUCACAAUUUCGCGCAUCUGUCCGCCUCCGAUUCGCGCAUUAACGAGGAACUGCAUGCUUCACAACAACUUCCACGGGAUGAGCAGCGAAGAUUGCUCCGCUAUCACUUGGGUAGCCUGUUUCCACCGCACCAGGUACAUGCCGUGCUGCAGCUAUAUCCGGAGGAGACCGACGCCAAGACCAUCUGCGCAGCUAUACUUAAUUUAUUUCCGCAUAAUUAG